AUCCAAAAUACACACACGCAGUGCGCGAAGAGUUCAAGAGCGCUUUUCAGUUUAACUAACAUUACAGGGAGUGGAAAUAUCUGCAGGAAGACCUCAUUUUAUCCAUCCACUUUCCUUUUGGUCGGGUUGAGGUUGUGCCAAGUGUCAUACUUUUGGUCGGUUUUUUUUGUGUGUGUGUUUGCAACGGACAACUUUCUGGGACACUGCUAUUCAUGUGGUGCACUUGCACGCGAGAAGAGACGAAGUCAGCGAGCGAGCAGGGUUGCAGAGAAGCACAAAGUGAAAACACUACAAGAUGACUCCACACAGUAUGAAGAAAGAGGACUCUGGCAAUCAGAGCUGGAAUGAGGUUGGGGCUAUGUUCUGCUUGUCUGGCAGUAAUUAUGGAGGCAAAGGGAAGAAGUUUAUGGCUCUAUUCCAUCCGGAGGUCACACUGUUUGGACUGAUUUUGUUGGCCAUCCUCCCUGUUGGAGCAAGCAUCAAACAGAGUGUCCCCAGGGUCAAACUCAGCCAUAGAGAACUGCUGCAGGUGGGCAGUGUAUCUCUGUUUUUGAGCCCCUCCAAUGGCCUUCAUUCGCAGUCGCUGUUGUUGGAUGAAGAGAGGGGUCGUCUUCUGUUGGGAGCCAGGGACCACAUCUACUUGCUUGACCCUGACAAUCUGGCUGAAUCCCCUACAAAGAUUCACUGGCCUGCUCUGAAGGAAAACGUGGAAAUGUGCAAACUGGCUGGCAAAAAUGAAAAUCUGGAAUGUGCAAAUUUUAUCAGGGUCCUUCACAAUUACAACCGAACACAUGUCUAUGCCUGUGGGACAGGGGCCUUCCACCCCACCUGUGCAUUCAUUGAAAUCACUGGCCACAAAAAGGAUGGCGUUUUGAAGCUGCUGUCUAAUACAGAGGAGUCUGGCAGGUUGAAAUGUCCUUUUGAUCCCUUGCAGCCAUUUACAUCAGUCCUCACAGAUCAGUACCUGUAUGCGGGCACAUCUUCAGACUUCCUGGGCAAAGAUACAACGUUCACACGCUCCCUAGGCCCUCCUCCUGACCAACACUACAUACGCACAGACAUCUCUGAAGACUACUGGAUCAAUGAGGCCAGGUUUAUAGCUGCCCAUCCCAUUGCAGACACCUACAAUCCAGAUGAUGAUAAAGUAUACUUUUUCUUCCGCGAGGUGUCCUGGGAAGGCAACGACAAAAGCAUCCUCUCCCGAGUGGCUCGUGUGUGCAAGAAUGAUGUGGGUGGGCUGAGGAGUCUGACCAAUAAAUGGACAACCUUCCUCAAAGCCAGACUUGUGUGUUCCAUCCCUGGGCCAGAUGGCGUGGACACACACUUUGAUCAGCUCCAGGAUGUCUUUCUACUCCCAACCAGAGAUGACAAAACCCCCAUAGUGUAUGCAGUCUUCACAACCUCUAGUUCCAUUUUCCGUGGCUCAGCAGUGUGUGUUUAUAGCAUGGCAGACAUAAGGGCUGUGUUUAAUGGACCUUAUGCCCACAAGGAGGGGCCUGACCACCGCUGGGUAGAAUAUGAGGGGAGGAUACCAUAUCCCCGUCCUGGAACGUGCCCAAGCAAAACAUAUGAUCCAAGGAUCAAGACCACUAAAGACUUCCCGGAUGAAGUUGUCAGAUUUAUUCGAUUCCACCCUCUGAUGUAUCGCUCUGUCUACCCUCUCACUGGUCGUCCUGUGUUCACACGUGUCAAAGUUGACUACACCUUGACUCACAUUGUGGUGGACAGAGUUUUGGCAGAUGAUGGCCAGUAUGAGGUUAUGUUCCUGGGAACAGAUGUUGGCUCCAUUCUUAAGGUAGUGAGCAUCACUCAAGAAAACUGGUCAACAGAGGAAGUGGUUCUUGAAGAGCUUCAAGUGUUCCAGAAUCCCUCUCCUAUCCUUAGUUUGGAGAUCUCGUCUAAACAGCAACAGCUCUACGUGGGUUCAAGUGAGGGUCUGGCCCAGGUUUCACUCAGCAGAUGCCACCUAUAUGGCCAGGCUUGUGCUGAAUGCUGCCUGGCACGAGAUCCCUACUGUGCCUGGGAUGGACACACAUGUGCACGGUACAUCCCUGCCUCUAAGAGGCGAGCUAGAAGACAGGACAUCAAGAAUGGAGACCCUGCCAUGCAGUGCUGGGACACAGAAGACAGUCUUGGUACUGGGAGUGUGGAGGAGAAAAUUCUCUUCGGGGUGCAGAGCAACUCCACAUUUCUCGAGUGUAUCCCCAAAUCUCAGCAGGCCCGGAUUCGAUGGUACAUGCAAAGACCGGAAUCUGAACGCAGAGAGGUCAGAUUUGAUGAUCGAGUAAUUCACACGGAAAGAGGUCUCCUAAUUCGCUCCCUUCAUGCUUCUGAUGCCGGUGUGUAUAUCUGUGUAGCUCAAGAGCACACACACUUCACCCAUACUCUCCUCCGUGUCACUCUACAAGUUGUUACAAAUGGACAGCUAGACAGAAAAGCCAAGCCGAGUGACGACUCUGCCGGCGGCCUACACCAUGGAACAGAGGCACGUCAGCGAUAUAAAGACUACCUGAGAGCGAUGAGCUCUCCCUUCAGCUCUCUAGAGGAGUACUGCGAUGCACUGUGGCUGGAUAAGAGGCCGUUGAGGGUUCGAGGACGAGGCUUAGGAAAUGGCAAAUGGAAACACAUCCAGGAAAUGAAGAAGAGCCGGAACAGGAGACACCACAGAGAGAAUGUGGAAAAGAAAGAACAACAGAAGCAAGGGAGGGUAGUGAGGACAGCAGAACAAUAGGCGACAGGAUAUAGAAACAUUAAGGAUGUUUAUAUUUACUGGUUUAAGGAUCAAGCUAAUGUGACUCAGAACUGUGAAACUGCAGUGUCAGAUGAGCAAGUAAACUUUAACUCUUAAAGUGACAUGAAAGACGAUCAGUGAAAUAUGCAGUACAAAAAUGCAAUAUACUUUGCAAACAACUUGAAGUAGUAGAGGUAUGUUACAGGAAAACGCACAGUUAACUUUGUAAAUAAAUUAUCCAUUGACAUCACUCAAGCCUCAGUAGUACUGGUUUGAUGAAGGAUUGCUACAUGACUGCUCUUUCCAAUAGUUUGACUGACUGCUGUUGCUCGUUUUACUCCAAAGUUUCAUAGGGCUAAUACUACAUUUGGUCACUUAAUGACGUUAAAAGUUAGGAUUUGUAAUAUUGGAAUUAAGAUGAUGGCAUUACUUUCAUUAUGUAUGACUGUAAAUAUUGAUAUGACAUGUACAGGAGACAUAGCAUGCUAAGUUUAGUCUUAUUACUGACCUAUAACAGUAACCAUUUAUGAUGUUAUUCUAAAAAAAAAUGACAUAUUUUUGUACAAUCCAUUUACUCUUGUGUACUGUAGGUGCAAUAGAGGGUUUUUUAUUCUAACUGUUUGUGAACGU